CGUGACUCAGCAUCACGUGACUACUAGUUUUAGUCAUGGCCGACGACUACAGGCGACAAGGCCUUGAGUUGGAGAGACGGAUAUUCGAGUUAGAUGCAAAGUGUUCUGCUCUCAAAGCUGAAAAACAAGAUGACGACUAUUUACAAAAUGCAUCUGCGAUACUAGAUAAGUUGAAAAGCUACUACAGGCAAGGAGGGGAGAGUAGUAGCCUUUCCAAGCUACUGCAGGAUUACACACAGGUGAUCCUAGAUAUUACAUUUUAUGAAGAGAACAAACUGGUGGAUCAAGAGUUUCCGGAGGAAUGUUCACCGUUUAAAAUCCAGCAGCUCCUGCAAGAUCUGACCGAGCCGGAAGUGUUGGUGGGGAGACUUGCACCAUCUCAAGAGGUGCAGGCUGUGUUGGGCCUGGAGCUGUUAGAAUGCCUUUAUUGGAGACGUGGCGCACUGCUCUACAUGUACUGCCACACCCUUCAUCAACGGAAGCAAUGGAUCAAGAAGAACAAAGAGACAUUCCUGAAGUGUAUUCAGGAAGGCGUGCGCUACCUAAUGCGGAUGCUGCAGGUGAGGAACUCUGUGAAGCUUAAUGACGGGGUGGUGCUCCAUGACACUGCUACGGCAGGCUUCCUCGCUGAAGGCAUUUUCUCAGACACGCACCUGUUGACAAUGAUGUACAUCGGGGAAAUGUGCUUUUGGGCUGUCAAGUACGAAGACUACAGCAGCGACAUGGUGGAUUGUAAAGAAGAUCGCCUCCAGUUUAGGGACAUUGGCACACAGAUACUCAACAAGUACGUGCUUGCCUGUGAGGGCCCUCUGCAGGGACAAGGCUGGAACACAGAGAAUGCCAAGGAAAUCCUCAGUGUUUUACAGUGAAGCCCACUGCGCUCGUGUCUGGGUCUUCCUCAGACACACAUCUAAGAUCAGUAUUGAGUGUUUUUCCAAUCCCCCCCAAAUUAAAAAAAAAAAAGGUGCGGUACGAUGUAAUGAAAGGCUAAUAAGAGGAAGCGAGGGGAGAAAAGGUAUUUCAGCAAGGGUGUCAAAGCCACCUCACUCUGCGCAAUGGGGAAGAAAGGCUGGCAAGUGAUGUAAAACUGACAGUGAAGUUUUUUUUUGUUUUACCCAUUCUGCUGAAAAAGCAGUUCUCACGAUUCCAGACUGUUGACUAGGGCACUUGUUUUGCUCUAAGAAUGUGUUAUAAUAAUAACAUUAAUAUAAAAGAAAAAAAGAUUCUUAAUAAAAUACACUUUUUUUACAUUUAUCAAUAACAGCCUAAAAUAAAACAUUGCACAGUAACAUUUUUAUUUAUUAAGUUGCCAUUUUGGUAUGCUUUUAUUGUUUGACAUCUGUUCAUACAAUAUAUAUAUAUACACACGUUUUAAAUGUGUAUAAAAUACACACAAGGCAAAGGAAAGUUUUUCAGAAAGUUUGAAGCGUUUGUGCAGUUAUUCAUGAUCCACCACUGUUAUUCCCAUCAUUUAUUGCAAUUUCCCAAAAUGUAAUUAACUUUUAUUUGUUUAGCUUUUAAUAGAGAAAGUGUUUGGAUGGAAUUUUCUGUUUUUUAUGUCCUUGGUGACAAUAAAGCCCGUGUUUUAACGA